GUUCCCGUUGCAGGAUGACCUCGCCGGUGCUACGUGCGUCUCGGUCCACAUCAGGAGCGGCGCGCGGUGUUUGCGUCUGAUGUGUGUCAACUCAGAAGAAAUGCCAUCUCACUCAUCUAGGAGAUCUUUCCCCUCUCCUCCUCGUGUCACAGCCCUCAGCAGGUCGCACCGCGAUGCUCCCGUGUGUCCGUGGCCACUGAUUGAACGGCUGUCAUGACUUGUGCCCUCAGCACCGGGAAGCCACGGAGGGAUGAAAAGCCCUCGUUUGGUGUUGAUGCGCGCUUUCAGCCUCUCGGUCAUUUCACCCGGUAAUUAGACCGGGACCCUCGGUGAACAUCUACUGGUUAAACAAUGGGAAGACCUGCACUACAUCGACAUUCAGGACAAAGAUGUUCCCUGGCUGUGAAUUUAUUUAAGCAUUGCCAUGGGGAAGAGUCUGGACUGAAACGCGGGGAGAUUUGAUAACACAGUGGAAGAGAGAGAGAGCUCGGAGGAGAAGACAUGGUCAUCACUGAUGGAAACACUGGCACACCUGUACCUAAAAAAGAGCCCCAGAAGAAGACGAGGAGGAAGUCUCGCCCUCAUGGCCUGCCCUCUCCGGCGCUCUGCUGUGCCUGCGGCCUAUGCAUCAUGCUGGCUGGACUCAACAUCACCCUCGUUGGAGCGUUCGCCUUCAGCACGCUGGUGCCUUCUGCCAAUCCCCCGAUCAUCAUCGGACCUAUCCUUCUACUGGUGGCCUUCUCCUUUUUCGGGGCCUGUUGCGUGUGCAGCCGCCUUCCACCUCCCCACAGCUCGCGGAGGUCUAAGGUGGGCGGCAGGGGCGCGGGGCUGAUGGGACACGGCGGGCUGGCCGGUGGGGCAGCGUUUGAAAUAGAGAUCAGCGAGCACACGCUGCAGGAUACUACAGCCGUGCAGCUCAGCCCCACGUCGUCCCCCGGCUCGUCCCGGGCCUCCAGCCCAGAAAAGGAGGCUCCUGACGCGGCCCUACCAGGACCCUGCAAGCUCUUCACCAUGGAGACCAAUGGCUCUCCUUCUGUUUCCGCCACUGCAGUCUACUCGGCAUCCACAGCAGCAGGAGGGGAGGUGAGGCUCAACCUGCCGCGUGAAGAAGUGGUCGCCUAGCAGAGCAGAAACUCUCGCCAGUGUAAAUAUCCUUCUGGGCCGAGGGCUUGCUGGAUGUGGUCGUGUCCUCUGGUUUACGUCGUGCCAGAUUUCUGGUUGUGUACAGAAUGCUUUUGAUUAUUUUGCUGUGCAGACAAUUGGUAAUUAGCAUGCAAAGCUAAGGAAACAUCCAAAUGUUUGAUGAUCAUAAUUUUUGGAAUUCAAAUUCCUACCUCCCCCGUGCUGUUUUUAUUUGUUUUUUUUUAACAUGGGGCAUUAUGAAAAGUUCAUAAACAACAUGUAUCUUUCACUGCUCCUCGCCCAUCAGCAGUGAUUUCCGAGGGCUGGAAUGAACAAUGUGAUUGUUGAUUUGUUCUGAAAACGUUAAGAUUGGUUGUGAAAGGUUCAACAGUGAACUGUGCCGGUACGUCUGACAUUUGAAAUUUGACAUUCUCAGUGCCGAACUUGGUUUUGGGGGCAUAAAAUAUUAUAAAUCACAGGAGUCCCAAGGCAAUAUUCUCCCACCUGAGAUUAUAGUUCUUUUCACAAGGAUGAAAACACACUUACAUUUCAUGAUAACGGUCCAUAUUGAACAGUGUGUCACAGUGUAUUUACACGUAAGCGUGUAUGUUGGAGCGUAGCAACAUCAACACUUUUGUCACCACACCAACAUCAACACAUCCCCACGUUGUUUUCUGAUUUCACGUUCAUGUUUCAGGUGAUCACUACUCACGGUCUUACGGGGCACGUUCAUCAUGACAUUUACAGUAAUUCAUAAACGGUGCAAUGCAGUUAAGGUCAAGAUCCAAGCGUAGCAUAGGGACAUAUACCUCACCGUAAAGCAUACAGAUGUGUCAUGAUGGUCAUUCUGUCAUCAUGAAUUUUAAAUUCGGAGUGGGACUCCACGAAGGAAAGGUUUACAAAUGUGAGCGCGUGAAUUUCACAGCGCUGAAUUCUUAUUCCUAAUGUCUGAUACGACAAACCUAGAAGUUAACCGCCACUGAACUUUGUGUACAGUAGAGGCCAAGACGUCUGACAUGGUUUAGAUAUUCAGAUUGCAUACAAAAAUAACUUAUUCCCCAUCACUGUGAUGAUUCUGUGAUGACAUUCCCUGAUUUCCUUUAAAAGGAAAGUUGCCUUACACUGAACUAUCAUCAGGAUCAAACUAAUGAGGGCUAUAACAAAAGUGCACAAUAGCAUUUCUCUUCAGAAAGCUUUUGGUUUUUAUUCCAUAUUAUUAGGAAAGCCUCAACACGUUUUUAUUCUUUUUCUUUCUAUAUAACAAAUGCAUGCAAACGGCUUCAAUGUUCCAUCCCUGCAGAAACGUACACGGAGCAGCAGAAGAGUGACCACGUGCACGCGGACACAGUCCAGUGAUCGCAGCCUUCCCCUACCCGGUGUGAACCUCCCUUAUUUGUGACGCAGCGCCUCAAGGGACCGGUGUCCCUGUCGAAGCUGUCCGACGUGCUGAGCUUUAGUUGUGCAUGUUCAGAGAGCACCUUGUUGUGAACUAUCCGUGUUAUCUGUGUAACUCGUGUCGCACUUCUGGAAAAUGUAUGGAUAGAAUAUUUUUGUGAAGAUUAUAAUUUGUUUUUUUUCCAAAAGGUAUACGCGAUCCAAAUGUGAAUCCUUCAAGAGGUGUACAUACCAACAAAAAAAAGGCUCUUUCAUUAGAACAUGAGAUUGCUUAUUAUGUAUGCUCGGCACAACACCGUGCUCCUGCUACUUUGCAUUUUGUGUCAUCAUGAACUGAAAUUAAUAAAAAUGUCCAACUGG